CUAAAAGAAAGUCAACAACAUUGGUUGUGUAACCUGGAUCCUCUUCGAUCUUCCUUUUUCUGACUUUGUAAAGAAUUAACUAAGGAGCUUCUUCUCCUUUUUCUUCCUUCUCUGCCUUGUAAAGCGUAGAGAGAUUUUGGGUUUAAAAAAUCGAAUUAUCCUUGUUUAGUUUAGAUACAAGAGAGAAAGUAUGAGAAAAAUUAUGAAGCGUGUUCUGGGAAGAAGUUUCAGUUCCUCCUGUUUCAAACGUUCUGUCCAAUCCUCUUUCACUCGCCUCAAAUCCCUGACCGACCAUCGUCGUCGCAGAUUCUCCGAAGAUCUCAACGAAGUCGUUUCUCUUCUUCAAGAAGACCUUCAAGAACUUGCUCUCUCUCGCUGCGAGCAGAUGAUUAAACAUCAAAAUCUUGUGGAUGCUUAUGGUUUGAUUGAAGGAUAUCUCAAUCUCUUAAUUGAAAGGAUCCACCUCCUUGGACGUGAAAGAGAAUGUCCAGAUGAGUUGAAGGAAGCAGUGUCAAGUGUGAUAUUUGCAGCUUCAAGAUGGAAGGAUUUUACCGAACUUGGAGACGUUAAAUCAAUAUUUACUUCCCAAUUUGGCAAAGAGUUCACUGCCCGUGCUGUUGAAUUGCGCAACAACAAUCGUGUAAAUCAAUCGAUAAUACAAAAAUUAUCCGCAAAGAAGCCAGAUACGAAGAGUAAGAUGAAUCUUCUUAAACUCAUUGCUUCUGAUAAGGGCAUUGUUGUGAAACUCAACGAGGAGGGUAAACUAUCCAAGUCGAUUCAAAUUAGAAAACGAGGCAGAGAAAAAAAUAAAGUUGUGACUGCAACCACAAGCUCCUAUCAAACUCGCAACUCAAGUCGCAGACCUAAACGUUGAUAUAUCUGCGAUAUCAAUUGCCUAUCUAUUUUGAGGUUUCAACUUUAAUUUCUAUAAAUUUUUCAAGGAGUUCAAUUCAGUACUACUGGUGUUGAAUGAUUUAUAAAUUGCAUUGUUAACGUUUCUAAAUUUAUAAAUACAAUCUACUCUUUUCAAUAUUUAUAAAUGUUUUGAUGUUGCCUA